GCUACGUUUUGUUUAGUGUUGCUAAUCGCGGUUCCUGAAAGCACAUUUCUUCAUCCUCGUUGUUGUCAAGUUUUUAACUUUUGAAGUUCAUAUUUGUGUUGAUUAUAUAUAUUAUAUUUGUGGUUAAUUACUUGCUGUUAUUUCUGUCAAUUUCUUCUGCAUUUCUGCAAUUUAUUGCAUUCAUUGAUCUGUUGUUAUUGUUGCAGGGGCAUCAGAACGCAGCCGAGUCAACAUGCCGUGUGUUCAUUAUAAGUUUUUCAGUAAACUAACACACGACACGGUGAUCUUUGAUGGCCUUCACAUCACUCUCGGAGAUUUGAAACGCCAAAUCAUGAGACGAGAGAAACUGAAGCGCUGCGAUCUGAGCAUCAAAAACGACCAAACCAAUGAAGAAUACACUGAUGAUGCGGACAUCAUCCCCAGUUACACCAUGGUGACCGUCAGACGAAUCCCUGGAACUGGACUAAAAUCCACAUAUAACAGACAUGCCAAUAACUGUUCUAAACCAUCCAGUGGAUCUUCAAAAGCACAAGUGAACAGUUCAUCACUGUCACUGGAGCAGCUUUUCAGGGUACUGAAAUCCACUGAACAACAUGAAAACUAUGUAAACUGUAUAGGCGCAUAAAGCAUUUAUUUCUAAAUGAACAGACUGAG